AUGGGUGUCGGCCGGAGAAAGUUGGUCCCAUUCUGGGUUCUAGCCCUGGCCCUGGCCUGCAGCCAACACACAGGUCAGGCUCAACAGGACUCUCUGAAAUCUUACCAUGAACACGGCUCUGAUGUCUCUCACCCUCAAGGGCAUGUUGGUGCCCCACUCAAUAGGGUGAACAUCAUCCCACCUCUGAAGACCAUUCCUGUGGUACGAGCCUUCAACCCAGGACAUACCAGGCAGGUGUGCAGCACAUGGGGCAACUUCCACUACAAGACCUUUGAUGGACAGGUCUUCUACUUCCCUGGUCUCUGCAACUAUGUGUUCUCGGCACACUGUGGGGAUGCCUAUGAGGACUUCAAUAUCCAGCUACGUCGUGCCCAGGAGUCUAAUUCCACCACUCUGAGUAGGGUCACCAUGAAGCUUGAUGGCCUAGUUGUUGAGCUGACCAAGAACUCCGUCUUAGUCAAUAACCACCCGGUCCAGCUGCCUUUCAGCCAGUCUGGGGUCCUCAUUGAGCUCAGCAAUGGCUACCUGAAGGUGGUGGCUAGGCUGGGGCUGCUCUUCAUGUGGAAUGACGAUGACAGUCUUCUGCUUGAGUUGGACACCAAAUAUACCAACAAGACUUGUGGUCUCUGUGGAGACUUCAAUGGCAGUCCAAAAUCCAGCGAGUUCCUCUCCCACAAUGUUAAGCUGACACCCCUUGAGUUUGGGAACCUUCAGAAGAUGGACGGCCCCACAGAGCAGUGCCAGGACCCCCUUCCUGUGCCCCAGAAGAACUGCUCCACCAGAUCUGAUAUCUGUGAAAAGAUUCUGAAAAGUGAGCUGUUCUCAGACUGCGCGGCCCUGGUGGACAUCAGCAGCUACCUGGAGGCUUGUGGGCAGGACGUCUGUCUCUGUGAGAGCUCAGACCCAUCUGACUGCCUCUGCCAUACCCUCGCUGAGUACUCCCGGCAGUGUGCACAUGCUGGAGGGCAGCCCCAGGACUGGCGGGGUCCCAACCUCUGCUCCCAGACAUGUCCCCUCAACAUGCAGCACCAGGAAUGUGGCUCGGCCUGUGUGGACACCUGCUCCAACCCCCAGCAUUCCCAGGUCUGUGAGGACCACUGUGUCGCUGGCUGCUUCUGUCCUGAGGGUAUGGUGCUUGAUGACAUCAGCCAUAUGGGCUGUGUCCCUGUGUCCCAGUGUGCCUGCCUGUACAAUGGGACAUUUUAUGCACCGGGUACCAAUUACUCUACUGACUGCACCAACACAUGUUCUGGAGGGCAGUGGAGCUGCCAGGACGUCCCCUGCUCUGGCACCUGCUCAGUAAUGGGAGGCUCCCACAUCUCCACAUUUGAUGGAAGGCAGUACACAGUACAUGGGGACUGCACCUACGUGCUGAGCAAGCCCUGUGACAGUGAUACCUUCACUGUGCUGGCUGAGCUGCGGAAGUGUGGACUGACGGAAAGUGAGACUUGUCUGAAGACUGUGACAUUGAACCUAGGUGGGGGGCAGACGGAGUUCAUGGUGAAAGCCACUGGAGAGGUCUUUGUGAACCAGAUCUACACCCAGUUGCCGGUGUCUAUAGCCAAUGCUACCUUCUUCCGGCCUUCAACCUUCUUCAUUAUUGGUGAGACCAACCUUGGUUUGCAGCUUGAGAUCCAGCUGAGUCCAAUAAUGCAAGCAUCUGUGCGUCUGAAACCUGGGCUCAGGGGGUUAACCUGCGGACUCUGUGGUAACUUCAACAGUAUGCAAGCAGAUGACUUCCAGACCAUCAGUGGGGUUGUGGAGGGCACAGCAGCUGCUUUCUUCAACACCUUCAAGACUCAGGCGGCUUGUCCCAAUGUCAAGAAUAUCUUUGAGGACCCCUGCUCGCUCAGCAUGGAGAAUGAAAAGUAUGCUCAGCACUGGUGUUCUCUGCUGACCAACACCAGUGGCCCAUUUUCCCAGUGCCACUCCACCGUGAACCCCAGCACCUUCUUCUCGAACUGCAUGUAUGACACGUGCAACUGUGAGAAGAGCGAGGACUGCAUGUGUGCAGCCCUGUCCUCCUAUGUGCGUGCUUGUGCUGCCAAAGGCGUGCUGCUCAGUGACUGGAGGGAUGGCAUCUGCACAAAGCCUACAGUUACCUGUCCCAAGUCAAUGACCUAUCAAUAUCAUAUCAGCACCUGCCAGCCCACCUGCCGGGCUCUGAAUGAGAAAGAUGUCACCUGCCAUGUCAGCUUCAUCCCUGUAGAUGGCUGCACCUGCCCCAAAGGCACCUUCUUGGAUGAUUUGGGCAAAUGUGUACAGGCUACCAGCUGUCCUUGCUACUACAAGGGAUCCACAGUUCCCAACGGCGAGUCUGUGCAUGACAAUGGGGCCAUUUGCACCUGCACCCAAGGAGCCCUAACUUGUAUUGGAGGUCCUGCCCCAACUCCAGUCUGUGAUGCACCCAUGAUCUAUUUUGACUGUCGCAAUGCUACACCUGGUGACACUGGAGCUGGAUGUCAGAAGAGUUGUCACACCCUAGACAUGACCUGUUAUAGCUCCGAGUGCGUGCCUGGCUGUGUGUGCCCGAAUGGGCUGGUGGCAGAUGGAAAUGGAGGCUGUGUUGUUGCUGAGGACUGUCCUUGUGUGCACAAUGAGGCCACUUAUAGGCCUGGGGAGACCAUCCAAGUGGGAUGCAACAACUGCACCUGUGAGAACAGGAUGUGGCAAUGCACAGACAAGCCUUGCCUGGCCACCUGUGCUGUGUACGGGGAUGGCCACUACAUCACUUUUGAUGGGCAGCGCUACAGUUUCAAUGGGGACUGCGAGUACACACUGCUGCAGGACAACUGUGGUGGGAAUGGCAGCUCCCAGGAUGCCUUUCGUGUUAUCACUGAGAACAUCCCCUGUGGUACUACAGGAACCACCUGCUCCAAGAGCAUCAAGAUCUUCCUGGGGAACUAUGAGCUGAAGUUGAGUGACAGCAAGAUGGAGGUGGUCCAGAAGGAUGUGGGGCAGGAGCCCCCCUACUUUGUCCGCCAGAUGGGCAACUAUCUUGUGGUGGAAACCGACAUUGGCCUGGUGCUUUUGUGGGACAAGAAGACCAGCAUCUUUCUCAGACUCAGCCCUGAGUUCAAGGGCAGGGUCUGUGGCCUGUGUGGGAACUUUGAUGACAACGCCAUCAAUGACUUCACCACACGCAGCCAGUCUGUGGUCAGUGACAUGCUUGAGUUUGGAAAUAGCUGGAAGUUGUCUCCAUCCUGCCCGGAUGUCCUGGUGCCCAAGGACCCCUGCACAGCCAACCCUUACCGAAAGUCCUGGGCCCAAAAGCAAUGCAGCAUCAUCAACAGCGCAACUUUCUCCGCUUGCCAUGCUCAUGUGGAGCCGGCCAAGUACUAUGAAGCUUGUGUGAAUGAUGCCUGUGCCUGUGACUCAGGGGGUGACUGCGAGUGUUUCUGCACCACUGUGGCCGCCUAUGCCCAGGCCUGCCAUGAGGUGGGAGUGUGUGUGUCCUGGAGGACACCAGACAUCUGCCCACUGUUCUGUGACUACUACAACCCAGAGGGUCAGUGUGAGUGGCACUACCAGCCGUGUGGUGCCCCCUGCAUGAGUACCUGCCAGAACCCUACUGGACAGUGCCUACAAGACCUCCGUGGUCUGGAAGGAUGCUAUCCCAAGUGCCCACCAACAGCCCCCAUCUUUGAUGAGGGCACAAUGCAGUGUGUAUCCAACUGUACCUUUCUUAAACCACCGCCAAGUCCCUGCCGCGUCAAUGGAAAGUUGUACCGGCCGGGUGCAUCAGUACCUUCAGACAAAAACUGUGAUUCCUGCAUUUGCGCGGAGAGUGGUGUGCACUGUACCUACGAUGUUGGUGCCUGUGUCUGUACCUACAACGGGCAACAGUUCCGUCCCGGGGACAUCAUCUACCACACAACAGAUGGCAUAGGAGGCUGCAUCUCUGCACACUGCAGGGCUAAUGGUACCAUCGAGAGGAGCGUUGACACCUGCAAUUCCACCACCUCCACACCCCCCACCACUUUCUCCUUCUCCACACCGCCCGUCAUGACCUCCAUGCGACCCUCCAGCACACAUUCCAGCCCUACCCCGAAUGUAGUGUACCCAGGGUCCCCAAGCAAGGCUGCAUCGACAACCAGCAGCAUAUUGUCUGUGAAGACCUCUGUCACAGCCCCUAUGACCAUGUCUACUUCGGCCUCCGCCAUAACCACAUCAGGCUGCCGGGAGGAGUGCCUAUGGACUCCCUGGAUGGAUGUCAGCCGUCCCGGACGUGGCAUCGACAGUGGUGACUUUGACACUCUGGAGAACCUCCGUGCCCAUGGCUACCAGAUCUGCCCAGUGCCAAAAGCAGUGGAGUGCCGUGCUGAGGCUAGCCCCGGGGUGCCUCUUCCCGACCUGCAGCAGCACCUGGAGUGUAGCACAACUGUAGGGCUGAUCUGUUACAACAGUGAUCAGCUGUCAGGGCUCUGUGACAACUACCAGAUCAAAGUCCAGUGCUGUGCCCCUGUCAGCUGUCCAACCUUCAGUGGUCCUACCCAGACGACCCAUCUGAUAUCUUCCAGGACGACUAACUUGGGUGACACAACCUCCUCAGUUCGAGUCACCUCCACUGAGCAGCCACACAGCAGCACACUUACCUCAGGUCCUUCUACGCAUACCCCAGGGCCAUCUCCCUCUUCCUCAGUCCCUUCUUCACCAACUCCAGCUCCAUCUACACCUGCCCCAGUCAGUUCUACCACUAUUAAAACAACUCUGCCCAUCACUACCCCAACACCAGAGCCAACUCCAGCCACAUCAUCUGUGUCCAUCUCAACCUCAGGGUCCACCAUGCCUUCCUCUGAGACAACUCAUGAGUGCAAACAGGAGCUUUGCAAUUGGACCAGUUGGAUAGAUGGCAGCUACCCUGGGUCUGGCAGAAACAGUGGAGAUUUUGACACCUUUGCGAACCUGAGAUCCAAAGGAUACCAGUUCUGUGAGAAGCCACGAAAUGUUGAGUGCAGAGCUCAGUUCUUUCCCAACACACCACUGGAGGAGCUGGGGCAGGAUGUGACCUGCAACCGAGAGGAGGGUUUGAUCUGUUUGAACAAGAACCAGCUGCCACCCAUGUGCUACAACUAUGAGAUCCGGAUUGAGUGUUGCACAGUAGUAAACAACUGUACCACAGCUUCAGUCACCACGCCCCCCGCCUCACAUGGAGUCAGCACAAAAACGGAGACCACCUGGACCACGCACAUGUAUUCCUCUCCCACAAAGGACACCAGGAGUCACUCAGCAACCACAGACACAAAGACCUGGACCUCAGGUAGUUCACACACAACCACUCAACCAGUGACCACCCACUGCCAGCCACAGUGUAACUGGACCAAGUGGUUUGACACUGACUUCCCAGUGCCCGGGCCACAUGGUGGGGACCUAGAAACCUACAGCAACAUCAAGAGGAGCGGAGAGAGACUCUGUCACCGGCCAGAGGAGAUCACACAGUUGCAAUGCAGGGCUAAGAACUACCCUGAGAGAGAGCUGGAGGAUCUGGGUCAGGUGGUGCAGUGUGACCCCAGUGUGGGCCUGGUGUGCAACAACAGGGACCAGAGGGGCGANUCUGGGAUGUGCCUCAACUAUGAGGUGCGACUNCUGUGCUGUCACGUUCCUGAAGACUGCCCCAGGACUGAUCAGACUUCUCCUGUGACAAUUUCCCAUAAGCCCUCAUCUGCAGUUGUGUCACUGUCAUCUGUGUCCCCGUCCUUGUCGACCAGCCAUAGGGUUCACUCUACCACCCCCUGCUUCUGCAGCGUGUCAGGGCAGUUAUACCCCUUGGGAUCCAUUAUCUACAACCAGACAGACCUUGAUGGCCAUUGUUACUAUGCAAUGUGCAGCCAGGAUUGUCAGGUGGUCAAGAGGGUUAGUCAAGACUGCCCCUCCACCAUGCCACCCCCUGUACCAACUCUAUCUACAUCUACCAUGACACCUGUCACUGAGUGGGAUCGGUGCAAUGUGUUUCCUCCAAGACUGAAAGGAGAGACCUGGCCCAUGCCGAAUUGUUCCCAAGCCACCUGUGAGGGCAACAAUGUCAUUUCCUUGAGCCCACGCCAGUGCCCAGAGCUGAAGGAACCAUUUUGUGCCAAUGGCUACCCACCUCUGAAGGUGGAUGACCAGGAUGGUUGCUGCCAGCACUACCAGUGCCAGUGUGUUUGCAGCGGGUGGGGUGAUCCCCACUACAUCACAUUUGAUGGCGCCUACUACACUUUCCUGGAUAACUGCACAUACGUGCUGGUGCAGCAGAUCGUGCCCGUGUUUGGAUACUUCCGUGUACUCAUUGACAACUACUACUGUGACGUGGGAGACAGCGUUUCCUGCCCUCAGUCCAUCAUUGUGGAGUACCACCAGGACCGUGUGGUGCUGACCCGCAGGCCAGUUAGCGGGGUCAUGACCAACCAGAUCAUCUUCAACAACAAAGUAGUCAGUCCUGGCUUCCAGCAGAAUGGCAUUGUCACCUCCCGUGUGGGUAUCAAGAUGUAUGUUACCAUCCACGAGAUUGGUGUUCAGGUCAUGUUUUCAGGUCUCAUCUUCUCCAUCGAGGUUCCUUUCAACUUGUUUGCCAACAACACAGAGGGCCAGUGCGGCACUUGCACCAAUGACAAAAAGGAUGAGUGCCGCCUGCCUGGGGGUUCCAUAGCCUCCUCUUGUUCUGAGAUGUCUCUCCACUGGAAGGUGCCCAACCAGCCUUCCUGCCAAGGGCCUCCACCAACUCCAACUUCAGUGGUACCCAGGCCUUCACCUAUUCCAUGCCCACCAUCGCCACUCUGUGAUGUCAUCCUAAGCAACACCUUCAAGCUCUGCCAUGACAUCAUUCCCCCGAUGCAGUUCUAUGAAGGCUGCUUAUUUGACUACUGCCACAUGCUGGACCUGGAGGUCGUAUGCUCAGGCCUAGAGCUCUAUGCAUCACUCUGUGCAGCCCAAGGCGUGUGCAUCCCCUGGAGAAGCCAAACCAACAACACCUGUUCAUUCACGUGCCCUGAUAACCAAGUAUACCAGCCUUGUGGCCCAUCCAACCCUCACUACUGCUACAGGGAUGAUGGCAUCAGCCCAAGCCUGAUCCUUCAAGAGGCUGGUCCCAAGACAGAAGGCUGCUUCUGUCCAGACAGCACGACACCUUUCAGUACCAAUGACUCAAUCUGUGUACCUUCCUGCCAAUGGUGUCUGGGGCCUCAUGGGGAACCCGUGGAGCCGGGUCACACCAUUAGCAUCGACUGCCAGGACUGCAUCUGUAAGGAAGCCACGCUGACCUGCCGAAGGAAGGCCUGUCCUCAGCCCACUUGUCCAGAGCCUGGCUUUGUGCCGGUGCCUGUAGCCCUGGAGGCUGGCCAGUGUUGUCCCCAGUUCAGCUGUGUCUGCAACUCCAGCCACUGCCCUCCGCCUCUGCACUGCCCGAAGAAUUCUAGCCUGAUAGUCACAUAUGAGGAGGGAGCUUGCUGCCCGAGCCAGAAUUGCAGCAGUCAGAAGGGCUGUGAAGUCAACGGGACUCUCUACCAGCCUGGUGACGUGGUCUCCUCCAGCCUAUGUGAGAGAUGCCUGUGUGAGGUUUCCAGCAAUCCCCUUUCCGAUGUCUUUAGGGUCAACUGUGAGACCGAGCUCUGUAACACCCAGUGUCCUAAGGGCUAUGAGUACCAGCCAGUGCCAGGGCAGUGCUGUGGCAAGUGUAUACCGAAGACCUGCCCCUUUAAAAACAGCAGCAGCUCUACCUACUUCUACCAGCCUGGUGAGUCGUGGGCAGAACCUGGGAACCCGUGUGUGACUCAUAAGUGUGAGAAAUUCCAAGAUGUACUCGUGGUCGUGACAAUGAAGACAGAGUGCCCCAAGAUCAACUGUCCACAGGGCCAGGCUCGGCUGAGAGAAGACGGAUGCUGCUAUGACUGUCCCUCACCCCAGCAGAAAUGUACGGUGCGCCAAAGACAGCAGAUCAUUCGCCAGCAAAACUGCAGCUCUGAGGGCCCAGUGAGCAUCUCCUACUGCCAAGGCAACUGCGGGGACAGCACCUCCAUGUACUCCCUGGAAGCCAACAAGGUAGAGCACACAUGUGAGUGUUGCCAGGAGCUGCAAACCUCGCAGAGGAGUGUGACUCUGCGCUGCGAUGACGGCUCCAGUCGGACCUUCAGCUACACACAGGUUGAGAAGUGUGGCUGCUUGGGCCAGCAGUGCCAUGCCCUAGGGGACACAAGCCACGCAGAGUCCUCAGAACAAGAGUUCAAGUCCAAGGAAAGUGAGGAACAUGGUCAGCAGUCGACAUUCAGGGUCAGCAAGGACAUGCUUGGGCCUUUCCAGUAA